AUGGCGCCUCCAACUGUGCCAGCCCAUCCCCCUCCCACCCCUGCUGCGCACGCCGCCGUCUUGAAACAAAGAGAACGACAGGAGGAGGAGGCCACGCUCAUGCGGCGGAAAUGCGCGAAGUCUAUCUACGAGUUGUCCACCAGGGCUGACAAGGGGCCACUGCUAAUCGGGAACGGAGUGAUUCAAGCUUUGUCGGCUCUCAGUUUGGUGGAGGAUCCUCGGACGAGUCGGUAUGUCGGAGCGUCGUACGUCAAUAUCGCCGCGCUCGGACGCGAGGUCUGCGUAGACAUGCUGAAAAACCAGGUGGUGCGAUGCCUUCAUCGCCUUUGGCAAAGGGCCUACUCUCUCGCCCACUGCAGGCGGACAAGCGACUUAAGCAGCGUCAGCAAGGGCUCAAACAGUAAGGACUCAAACAGCAAGGACUCAAACAGCAAGGACUCAAACACGAACGGUGGCGGGUCCGCCACUUCCGCCCCCUCGGUAGUCUCGGAGACAGACGAAGAAUGGAGCGUGCGACGGUGUGGGCUUGAUGUUCUGGACCAAGCUGCAGUGGCUUUAUGCCAUCUCAGUGUGCCAAUCGGGGCAGAGAGCAUAAUGAUGCAAGAGAGGGGGAUGGGUGCGAUCAUGUGGUACGCGAGAGGCGACCACGACAACGAGCAGCUCAAGGUGGUUGGUCUGCAGUGCCUCGUUAACUUCCACCGAAACACGCCUAACGGGACCUUCCACGAGGCGAUGUUGCCUUGCCUCAAGGAGCUAGGGCAGUCAGCCACCACCGGUAUCCGCAGGUAUACAGGACAAGCAAUUUGUGCCCUCGGAGCCAACAAACAUGGGGCCUCUCAGUUGCUGGCGGGAGGCGUGUUGACGAUUCUCGCCAACUUAUCGAAGCCCAACAAUCUCACCCGCGAUUGCGAGAGCGCUAGUGGCCAUGACGAAGGAAGUGGUGGUGAUGGCGCAGGAGGGGGGGGGAUGGGAAGAGAAGGAAAUCCUGCUGCUGCCGCCGACGGGUUGCUUCUUGAGGCAUUCGCCCACGCGGCGUCCAAUCUUACCGUCGCCAACGCUGAGUUCGUCAGACAAGCACUCAUUGCUCCGGCCACCGUUGCCGAGGUUCUGGAGAUCCUGUAUUUAGGCGGUGAUGGCGGCGGUGGCGAUGGCGGUGGUGGAAGCGUUGGGGCGAUGAAAAGCAAUGCUAACGUUAGGGGCAACAAGAGGGCUGCGGCCUGCAGACUUAACAGCGCCAGGGUGCUCAGGUCCAUCUUCAGCGAAGCUGACGCGUCUGAUGUAGCAAGGCUAGUCCAGCUUGGCUUUCUGCGAAAGACGGGGCAAUUCUUCGGUCAGGCCGCGGCUCAGAAGGACCCCAAAGCGCAACAGCUCCUUGCUCACAGCGUGUGGCACUUGAGCGCAACGCUGACAGACGUCAAGCCUCUCGAAUCGCAGCCGCCGCCGCGCCCGCACCCGCACCCGCACCGGCACCCGCCGACCGAUAGCGGCAGCCCCGCAUUCACAGGAGAAGCCAUCUCGGCGCUCUCGAUGGGGGGGCUUCAGCAGCACCAGCAGCAGUACAAGGGUGUCCGCCGACGCUCUUCGUCGAACUCUGUUCUUCUUCCAGGGCAGGGCGAGAGCACAACCACAACGGCGAAGUCGUCAACAGCAACGGCGGCAACAAACAACCAAGGGGCGGCGCGAGGUGUCUACGGGUCACGGAAUCGCAGGCGUUCCUCCGGCGGAUCUUCUGUCGUGAGCGUUAGUGUAUCGGAGGCGAACACUGUCAGGUCUUCUCGCGCGAGUGUGCGGCCUGUUGACAGGGCUAAAGGAUCCAUGAUACUGCGGCAAAAUUUCCCGGGGGGGGCUCUUUCCGCAGCACGAGGCGGGCUGGUAGGGGGGAGGAAACUUGUGAGAAGAAGAUCUUCGACAUUAACGGAAGAAGAAGAGUCUCUUUCGGAAACCUCGAGCCAUCGGGGGGGGGUAGGUUUGGAGGGGGGGGUGCCGAGCGCGUUGGGAUCAGGAUUGUCGCUGGACACCACGUCAGGGGCUGCGGACUCAAGCCCUUCAGAAGUUGAUGAAAAGGGGCCGCAUGUGGUGGCGUGCGGUGUUAUGCACCACCUGCUGCGGCUAGCGGAGUCCGGAACCACCGGAUUUGUCAGGCAAGGGAGUCAUAAACAAGCGCAAGAAGGGGCCGUGCGCAAUUCAGACCUAUGA